UAAAUGGCACGUUAAGAGUCUAUAUAAUUUGCUCUCAAGAUAUUCUUUAGGAAGAACUAGAGAAUUACCGAAGUACUAGAUAAUUCUGUGUACAAAGAUUCAUAACUAGGGCGUGGAAUUUUUGCGUAAGAGGAGGCUAUCUAUAUCAAGGCGACGCCACUGACCCGGCGUCCUCCUUCCAUUUGGAUACAAAGUAGCGUCACUUGGCCUCAUUCAUAGAAAGAAGCAAUCGAUAUUUUUUCUUCGAAGCGGAAAAUAUUUCAUUAUUUUUCAAUUAACGUUACCGUUAUUAAAAUUUGGGAAUGACUGUUUGAGGUUCAUUAUUAUUAAACUUCUUGUCAAGGUAUUAUAAUUUCUUGAAAAACUCAAUUUUUACGAUCCAGCGAGACACGCCGCAUAGUUUAGCAACAAGUUACAGUUGUAAUAGAACUUUGUAUGCCACGCUUGUUUGUCAAAGUAUGACCAAACAAGUCUGCAACCUAACUGCACAUUCUACAACACUAAAUUGUAGUAAUCGCAAGUAAUUGGGGUUGAUUAUGACCUCAUUGAAUAACAGUAGAAUGCCAACAGUAUAAGUGGUAGUAAGACUUGCUACUAGUUCAUAACCGCUGAUGAUUAAGAAUUGUCUAAUUUUAAUCCGGAUUAUUAGAUCAUUAUUAUGGCAAUUCGUGAAAAUUUGUUUCUACUAUCUUUUUAUAUUACAAAUAGUAACAUAAAUGUCUAUAUGCAUAAAAUGUAAUGUUUUGUGUGUUACAAGGAUAUGGUCAUGUAAAUCAUAUAAUUUUUCAUAACAGGAUUUAGUUUACAAAUGUGUAGUGUUAAAUGAAUUCUAAGGUAUGUAAUUUUGUAAAGUAAUUGCUAAGGAGUAACGGUAAACAUAAUUUAUAUAUAUCUAUCAGUUUGCAUAUACAUAUACAAUGUGCUAAUACGGUGGUGUGUCUUACUUCAUCGUGUGAAUAGAGGAAGCCGCAAAAUAUGUCAAAAUAUGUCGAAACACGUGCGUGAAUGAAUACACGCUAUUUGGCUCUGACUAGUUGAAUCCAGUUAUUAAAGAAUAUUCCCUAAAGAAUAAAUAUAUUUAUACCUUCAGUUAAACAGUCGAAUUUUAUGACUUACAGCAGUCUGAAAUAGCGAUUAAAAGUUUGAAAAUUUAAAGCUUCGUCGAAGAAUAUCCAGGGAGCGUACGAAUCGUAUAAAAUUACAAUUUCAAGUAGUUUCCAAAUAACGGUCCUAAGAAGAAAAUUUUCACAAAUACCACGAAAACUAGCCCUGCUGUUCACAAACUUUUAAUCAUAAUGUCUACUGUUUUAAAGGAUUUUUAUGGAAAGUAAACUAUGCAUCGUUAACACUGCAAAGGUUGAAAGCAUCAAGUACUUUCUCUUCGUGCCUGCCGCAGUUUGCUCUUACCAGUAAAAGUGAGUUUCGUGAGACAGUGACGAGAGGGCCCUCAGAUCGCAGAAUCAUAAAAUUUUAUAGAGACUGUUGGAAAGGGCGAGCGGUGACGGCCCUGAAUAGUGCUAGCCGAACGUAACGAAGAAUGGUGUUAUGUUGUGAUGUGCCCGUUUGUUGACGAUAAAUUAUCGCUUCCGUGUAGAUGUUUCUUGGUACUGAAGGUGUAGCAAGUGUGCCGGCAAGAUGGGCAAGCUCUUGUCGAAGAUCUUCGGCAAUAAGGAGAUGCGUAUUCUAAUGCUUGGUCUGGAUGCUGCUGGAAAAACUACUAUACUGUAUAAACUUAAACUAGGACAGUCAGUGACGACCAUACCCACAGUAGGAUUCAAUGUAGAAACUGUAACGUAUAAAAAUGUCAAAUUUAAUGUCUGGGAUGUUGGUGGUCAAGAUAAAAUACGGCCGUUGUGGCGUCAUUAUUACACCGGAACACAAGGACUUAUUUUCGUAGUAGAUUGUGCUGAUAGAGAUCGAAUUGACGAGGCACGUCAAGAAUUACACCGCAUUAUAAACGAUAGAGAAAUGCGUGAUGCCAUUAUCCUUAUUUUUGCUAAUAAGCAAGAUCUUCCUGAUGCGAUGAAGCCACACGAAAUUCAAGAGAAGUUGGGCUUGACAAGAAUACGAGACAGAAACUGGUACGUUCAACCAUCCUGUGCCACGACGGGUGAUGGACUAUACGAGGGCCUUACGUGGCUCACUAGUAAUCAUAAAUUAUGAGGAAAUAGGUAAUCACGCUCCCAUUGGUUCAGGUUGGGAUUAAAUACCCGGCUCAUGAUCAAAUCUUAAAACCAAGCGAGUCGAGGCUCAGUAAGGUAUGAGUUCAUUUUGUUCAACGAAUGUUUUUGUCCUUCAGUCGCCAAGAGCGUGCUCGCUAAUUCAUCUGACUAUCCAUACUUGGUCACUGUCCGAGAUUUAUUGUUACUCGAACGUAUAUCUUUAAUUCACAUCAAGCAAGGUACUACAAGCGUCCCUAAAGUGGACAGACAAUUUGAUUUAUAUCCUUCAGAAUACCAACGUUAAUAGUCUACAUAUCGAUUAUGAUGAUCCUCCGAUUGUAAAUCGCGUGGAUUUCUUAAAACCGACAAAAUUUUGUUGCAUUGUGCUCAAUAUCUCCCUUAAAAAGUGCUUUACGUUAUAAUUAUAUCUUUUAUGAAUAGUGUGCUGUCGAAAACUGUAGCAUUUUGAAAAAUAUACAAUUUGGUAUUAAUGAUUAAUGUUUUAUGUACAUUGGCGUAGAGUAUAGUAUUCGAUUGGAAAAAUCGCAAGACACCAUAAUUCAACUAUUACGUUUCAUCAUGUAAACUGAAGUACCUUGCUUAAUAAAUAUCAGGUUGCAACCCAUGUAAUAUUGUUGUUUUUUUACUUUUUAUUGGAAACAUUUAACCAUCUACAUUUUUGCGCUAAUCGAAAUAGAAUAUAAAUGCUUUUCUGCAUGGCGAUUCAUUUUAUACUUAUGUAUUACACUUUUAUGGCAAAAUAUUAGCGCAAAAUAAAUAUUAACGACAUUGUGGGUUAACCGAUGGAAGCGAUGUUAUCUGUGUUGCAACCAAGUUCACGUAUUAAACGAAUUCUUAAAUUGACACAUUGUCGAUUUUAGAUGUACGAAAUCAAUAAUGAAUCACUGUUAAGGAUCUUUAUACACAUCUUGUUCGUUAUAAAUUUGAGAAACCAUUGGCGGAGCGUGUGAUCCUAUCAUACAACGUCCCCCGUCUGAUGUAAAAAAUUGUUUAUUUCGUAGUACAUAAGACCCUCCUAAAGUAUCAUACACAAAGUAAGAAAGGAACAUAAACGAAACGUCGAAGGAGCUUGUUCCUUAAUUUCGUACAACGCUGAAGGCAAUGAAAUUAUUUAAUAUUUAUUACGGAGCUUCCUUCAAACAUCACGUUCCAAUUUAACUUCUAAGUUAACGAGGUAGCAGUUUGGUCAGCAAUCUAAAAUUAUUAAUCGUAUUACUUUCCUCGAUAUUGAAACCCGAUUGGGAACAUAUUUAAAUCGUCCAAUGAAUUCAAUUAUUCAAAGUACAAACUAAGAGAAGUAGCGACACGUACUGUAUCAAACCAUUACAUUUAAUUUUUUUUAAACUGAUACGUAACAUUAAAUCCAUACUGUAUUUUAAUUUAAACAGAGUUGUUUUCACAGCUGAUUUAGAGACGAAAAGAAGAAGUGAUAAGCUAUUUCCUCUGCAUAACAGUCAAAUCAUUUCUUGGCCUAUAAUGAGCAUGGGGGAUCGUGGUAUAUACGUAUAUAUUGUGCAUCGUCAAGCGAUCACGCGAAUAACGGAACAGGUUCCUUAGAAUCAAACGGAAAACUAAUCAAGUCAUGAUCAUUUCCUUACGAGGUUUCCCAACUCUGUAAGAUAGCCCCCGUGAAAGGCUGAGCGUCACGUGUGUGACAAUAGCACAUUGAAUAUCCGUACCAUUUGCGCAAUGGAUUCCAUAUACAGAAAUUAACGAACAUCAGCGUAAUAAAAUAUUUAGAAUAAGAAUGCUGUAAAUGCGAAAACUCGAGAUCCGCUAGUAACUGAAGUUAAGCGCGAGUGUGACAUCCGCGCUAGAACAACGUGUGCAUCGAUUGUAAAUUCAUCAUUCCAUCUUAAUAAUUCCAAUAAUACCUUGAUAAUAGAGCCAUUGUUGAUAGUCACGCUUUUGUCUACCGGUGAGAAUUGCUGAUGAAUAUUUCUGUUAAAAGUUCACUGACGAACGACCAUCAUCGUGUGGUAUAUCAAUGAUACUGUUAGAAGAUAUUAUUUUCAUGAAAUCUUGCUGUUCUAGCAACUGAGGCACAGUCGGCUGUUGCCUAGGGAACCUGUUGCUUUAGGCGCCAUGGUUCACAAACGUUUGAAAUACCGUGUAAGAUUCGAGCGAAGAGUAAUGGACCCAAUUCAGUUUGUACUCGUGAUUUUCUUUGUCACAAUAUAAUUAUUGAAGGACAAAAGUAAUCCAUAUUAUCUAAUAAAGAAAUUGCUAAUAGAUAUACAUAUAUAUAUAUUUUACACGUACGUAGUGUGUAUAUCGAGCAAUCCUGUACCGCGUAUGUCACUUGGGAGUAUAACGGAUUUUUCUUAAACACUUUUAUUAAAUUAUACCUAUGCUCAUUUUUGACGAUGCAUGUAUGUCUCCUUCUAUGAAUUUUCACGACAAUGUCAUCAAUAGACGACAGAGUGGCUUUAUAGUCCUUCAACUUUGAACAAAUCGCUUUGUGUUUGCACAAACGCGACGCAACUUUUGACGUGAUUACGUUAUGUCUUUAAAAAUUAAACAUAUUAAGUCGAUAAAUAAAGUGCGAUUUAUUGGGUACAUUUGUGUAAAUUCUCUAAAAUGUGUUAGUAAACGUUCAAUUAAUUUAUGUCUUUCAUUACUUAUGAACAGUCUUACGCCUGAAUAAAAUAGUUGCUUCUAUUUUCGAAUGACGGUGGAUACGGUUAAGGUAUUGGUUAGCCGUUAUAUAUUUAAGGCUCAAAAUCUAAUGAAACCAUCUCUUUUUAUUUUACAGUGCUAUCAGUUUUUGGAAUACUUUAAUUGUUAUUACUUUCUAUAUUAUCAAAAUUGUCAUACUGUUAAGGCAUUUAAACCAAAUACAAGAAUUAUAUCAGUUAAGGAUUCAAUUGUUCGAGCAGUUACAGAAAAGUGCAGAAACUUGACAGAAUGAAACAUUUUCAUAGAAGAAACUGAAGUUUCGUAUAAAUUUUAUAUGUUGAAUGAAUACAUCUAUUUGGUUUAGCUUCUUAGAAGAAAAAUGUUGAUUCACUUUAUGUUAUUCCAAAUUGUUGCUUAGUAUUAUCCUAAUGUAUGAUAAUGACAAUUCUGUUGUCACAAAAAGAUGUUGAGUAUCUUAUCCACUUUACUGCAAUAAUUAUAUGUUUCUCUUAUAAAAUUGCGUUUAACUCAUAAUGGUUGCAAUGUUCGUUUUGCAAAAUGGCUUUGAUUACAAGAGAUAUAAAGCUAUUAGAAUAAAAAGAUUUUGUAUUUGAUUGGGUGGCCUUGUCAAAAAUUUAUUAUAUUUGUUAAACUGCGGAAAAUGAAAAUAGAAAAGAAUUUACACUUCCAUUAGAAAUAUUUGUGUAUAAGCAACUGUAUUGAUUGAUUAUUGAAAAUUCAAAAUUGAUAUUGAUUGCGAUAAUUUAUCAUCUUCUGCUACCGUUUGAACGUUAUAUGGUUCAACUGUGUUUUUUUAGUUGGUAUAAUCCGUAGGAAUAAGUUAUUUAAACAUAUGAUCAGUUUGCGAGUACGAUGCAUAUAGGUAAAAGUUAAUUUCAAUUUUUAUAGUACACUAACUUGCUAGGGGCCAUUUAGUUCAUAGGUUCGGACAAAAGCACACUUCGGAUCGAAGAAUGAAAUAUCGCUUAAUAUUGUAUACAAAAAUGCGCACGUAUAACAACUACUAAUUAGUUAGUACUAAUUUUUAACGAUAACAAAUUAAUAAUACGAGAAUUAGUCACAUUUUAUAAUGGCGGAACCUUACAAAACGGAUGCAAGGAAAAUUUGUCUGCAUGUACAUUAUUAUAACUUGUAUAAUAAAGAUUUGUUUAAAUUCA